AUGUCUGACCUGAAAGCAUCCGUGACCGAGACAAAGCGAGGCUUUCACGUCGAGGGCUACGAGAAAAUCUCAUAUGACUUUUCUUUUGUGGAUGGGGUGUUCGACAUCACCAAUCCUGGGCUUGCCGAAUGCUAUAAGCCAUGGGGUAGAGUCCUCGCUGUCACUGACAAAAAUGUCUUUGGCAUGUAUGGCCAAAAAAUGGAGCGGUACUUCGAGCAUUACGGCCUCUCGUUGAAAGUUCACAAGACAUCGAUCGGUGAAAAGGCCAAGACCAUUGACACAUUCUUGAGCAUCUGUGAUUCAAUGACCGAUUUUGGAAUCAUUCGAAAGGAACCAGUGCUCGUUAUCGGUGGCGGGUUGGUUACCGAUGUUGCUGGGUUCGCUUGUGCGGCGUACCGCCGAAAUACCAAUUUCAUCAGGGUACCCACCACAGUCAUUGGGCUCAUAGAUGCUUCGGUAAGUAUCAAAGUUGCCGUUAACUACGGUGACUAUAAGAACCGACUUGGAGCAUACCAUGCCCCAAUGCACACUUUCCUUGAUUUCACAUUCCUUCGUACCUUGCCUAUUGCACAGGUUCGUAACGGGUUCGCCGAGCUCAUUAAGAUCUCGUCGUGCUCACACCUUGAGGUUUUCAACCUUUUGGACAAAUAUUGUGAACAAUUGAUCGAGAGCAAGUUUGGCCGCGCCGAUGACUCCUCCAACGAGCUGCGCCACGCUGCGGACACCAUUAAUCGCGAGGGUAUCUAUGAAAUGCUCAGAUUGGAAACACCCAACCUGCACGAGUUGGGCCUAGACCGUGUCAUUGCUUACGGUCAUACAUGCUGCACCUUCUUGAACAAUGUGUCGGCCGAGGAACUCAAGGCGGCGCUGCGCAAGCAUAAGGGUCUCAUGAACGAGUAUCCCCGAUGUGGUGAGGGAAUCGAGGCUUACGUCGAUGCUAGUGACACCGGCUACACUGAUAAUGACAACGGGAAACUAGGUGUGGAGGCGGCUGCUAAGGAGGUUGGAAUGCUUUCCACCAGCCAAACAAGCAAUGGGAACAACAGUGGGAACAAUGUGAGCGAGUACGUGAACAAGGGGUUGGCUCAGAGCACCGUUAGAAGCGUUGACAAUGGCGUUGUUGAUGGAGUCCGCUAG